AUGAUACAACGACUUGGUCACCUCCUCCUUAGCAUGCUGGCAGCUGCACUUUUCUUUGUGGCUGUUAGCCAUGCAGGGUGGGACUGUGGCCACAUUCUUACUAGUGAAUGCACGUGGAAGGAAGUCUACAAAACAACUGGUAGCACCCUCUUGAUGGCUGGUUUCGCAAGCCUCCUUGGUGCUCUUCUCAUGGCUCUCAUCAUAGUGACGAAGACAGCGAGUAUUGAUGUGAACACGGGCAUUAUUAUUGUGUGUGGGGCUAUCUUAGGCAUGACCGGUGUCUUUUACUACUACAAGGAUGAGAUGUGGUCCCCCUUAAUCGCGACCAUGGCUAUGACCAUUGCGGUGUCUCUGGCUAUUCUCACCUUGGUUGAGAUGAUUGCUGGAACCGUCUGGAGUCAUUUGAAACAAAACACAUCCUCCUCCUACGCUAGGAGGAGUUCACCCACUCCUGUAUGUGGUAGCCAGGUGAGAGGCAAAAGAAAACUCACAGAAGGGCAGAGAGAAGAUGCGGGCACUUACAUUCUCGUGAUUAAUGGUGCAUGGCAAGAUGGCACGUGCGGUGAACUAAACUUGACCCCAGUGCAAGAAAAAAACACGCAAUACAAGCCUUACCUGUGGAAGAUAGUGUACGUGGUUUUGGCCCUUUCAGCGGCGUUUUUGUUCUUCUUUGCCAUCGGCUAUGAUGGCUGGCGCUGUGGAGGCAGCAUUCUGAGUCCCAGCUGUCUUCGCUUAAGUUUCAACGAGGUGACAGGUGCUCUCCUCCUAACAGCUGGUUUGGUUAUUCUCAUUGCGGGCAUCAUUCUCAUCCUCCUAAUUAUUUUUGAAUACUCCUGGAGUGCUAUAGUAGCCUGUGUGUUGGCAAUCAUCUCCGCCAUUUUCUCGAUAGCUGGGGUCUUCUACUAUGUGGAUGUGGACCGAGUUUGGUCGCCUUUUAUUGCCACCGCUGCAAUGACGCUCACAAUUGCUCUCUCUAUCAUCCUCAUCUUGGAUCUGGUAGCCAAACAUUAA